GCUUAAUUAGGCACACUUUUCACCCUUUUUCUUUCCCUUUCCCACCAUUUUUAAAGCAAAGCUCACACUCACAUAGAAACCAACCCAAGAGCAUUCUUUCUUUAAUUUCUUUGUUUCAAUUGAAAGAAAGAAGAAGGGAAGAAGAAAAAAACAAAUAUUUGAUCUCUCCCUCUGAUCUCAACUCAUCUGUUGAGCUUCUUUCUUUAGAGGGUCUUCAGAUCUCAACUCACUUUUCACCCUUUUCCCUCUGAUCCCUCCUCAUGGAGAUUGCUUAUCAUUGAACAUAUUAGCUAGGGGGUGGUUCGGUGGUGUUAAAUUAUUACAAAAUAUGGAAGAGAAAAACCCUAAUUAUCCAUGCAAAUUGGAGAUGAAGAUGACCAAAGCAACGACAACCAAGGCUCCAAAAGAGCAAUUGAAUUGCCCAAGAUGCAAGUCUAACAACACCAAAUUUUGUUAUUACAACAAUUACAGCCUCAAUCAACCAAGAUACUUUUGCAAAUCUUGCAGAAGGUAUUGGACUGAAGGAGGGUCCCUCAGAAAUGUCCCCAUUGGAGGAGCUUCAAGAAAGAACAGAUCAAAAGCAUCAUCAUCAACAACAACAAGUACUUCUUCCUCAUCUGAUUAUUUCUGCAGUAACAACAACAAGAACAAAAAAUUACCAAAUUACCCUUCAUCAUCUCAAAUUUCUACUCAAAUCCCAGUUGGAUUAAGAGAUCUUAAUCUUGCUGAUCAUGAUCACCUCCCUAAGGUUGAAAAUGUCAAUAAUUAUAAUAAUUUCGCAUUUGGUUUUAGGGGUUUGAGUUCUUUUAUCCCUAAUUUAAUGCCAGAUUCCAAUAACAUUAAUAAUAAUGGUAAUUUGGGGAUUAAUAGUAGUCAUUAUAGCCAAUAUUCAUCAAGUGGGUUUUCUUUGGGUGAUCAUGUUGAUGAGUUUAAGCCAAGUUUUGGAAUUAAUUCUGUUGAUAGAAGAAACUUAUUGCUUCCUUUUCAAGAACUGAACCAACAAUCUGCUGCCCCAAAUGAAGGUGAUGAUCAUCAAAAUUGGAGUGGGAUGCUUGGGGGUGGAUCAUUGUAAGAAAGUCCUUUUUAAAAAAAAAUUAAUUUCAAACCCUAGAUAUCCUUUUUCCCUUUGAUAAUGAAGUUUCAUGGAAUGAACUAGUAUACAAUGUUUGUACACGGUGGACCUCUCUUCAUUACUAAAGAUCUAGCUAAGAAUUUAGUUGAGCCUUUUGGUUUGUAAAUUUUUGUGAUGAAAACUAGAUAUAGUUCCUAUUUGGAGAAUGGUUUUGAAAUUGUUAAGCCAUAUUUGUUUGUUUAAUUUCACACACUAUUAUUAAAUGUAAUUUUCAUAUUAUUAAGUAAAAGCAUGUUUAAGAGUUAA